AUGGAUGAUGAAUCAGGUUUAUGGUAUUUCGAUGUACAAAACAAAAUAUCGAAUAAUGUAAUGAUAACUGGAAUAUAUCAAUGUAUAGCUAUAAAUGCGUUUGGUAAAGCUUUAUCAAUGCCAAUGAGAUUAGAAAUUGCACGCAUUGGAACAUUUCAUGAUCUUAAUGCAAAAACCAUUUUAAUUAAACCAAAUGAAACAAACAUUUUAAAUUGUUCCACUACAAAAAGUAUACCAACAGCAAAAAUUCAAUGGAUGGUUAAAAAUGAUGAAGAUGGUUUUAUGAAUUUUGUACAUGAAGAUGAAAAUCACAUGAUGGAUGAUAAUGGUAAUUUAUACUUAUUAAAUGCAAAUUAUUCAACUAUUCAAAAAAAUCUCACUUAUACAUGUGUCAUUAAUAAUGCCAUUUUGCAUACAAUGAAAAUUGGUCCCGAAAUGAAAUUACAAUGGACAUCAUCAAAUUUAUUGCCAAUUGUUGAAAAUCCCUUGAACAUUGUAUAUCAUUCAGCAUUAAAACAAAUUGUUUUACUGAAUGAAUCAUUAUCAUUAAAAUGUAUUAUACAUGGUAAUUCUCCUUUACCAAAAAUUCAUUGGGAAUUUAUGUCAGACCAAGAAGCAUUACUGUCAAAUAUCAAUCAUGAUUAUCAAUAUAGAAAUGUGAAUUUGGUAAAGUUUACUGUUUUUUUUGUUGGUGUUAAAAAUGUAGUUUAUUCCGAUUUUAAAAAUGAUUUGGAUUAUCGCGAUGUUCAUGUGUUGAACAUUAACUCUGAGAUGUACCAGCUACCAGAAAACUAUGGAAUUCGAUUGAAAAAUCAUGGCAUGGAAUUGUACAUUCCCAAUGUUCAAAUGAUUAAUCAUGGCAGUUAUCGUUGCAGUGUAAUGAAUAUGGAUUAUUUCGCGCCAUUAUCUUCAUCAUCGAAUUCACAGAUUGUAUUCAAUGUCACAGUUGAAACUUAA